UAGUCUGUCCCGCUUUCCACUGUCUGCGUGAGAGCGUUUUAUCAUCUGACUGUCGGCGUCUGCUGCUUGAGUUUAAAGGGCAAGAGUGUUCAUCAUUCUCUCUGCUCAGAGAGAAAACUUUGGACAUUUCAGAGUUUUGAGGAGGAUUUCUAGAACCUAAGGAGAUUAGCCCACGUCACAAGACUUCGCCUGAAAACUCGCCACAGCAUAAUUUCAGCGUUACUCAUAGAUGUAAAAAGUUUACCAGGUGGGAAGUCAACCGCUGUUUUUGCAUCCUACUUACUGUAAAAGAAAGAUGACGUUUUGUCCAGAAGUAUUGAGGAGUUUCAGCUCUUGAAAGCCGGUUGGGGUGUGUGGGAGUGAAAGAGAUGGUGCGGUUCGGAGCUGAUAGCUGACGGAGCUGAUAGCUGACGGAGCUGAUAGUGGACGGAGCUGAUAGCGGACGGAGCUGAUAGCUGACGGAGCUGAUAGCUGACAGAGCCGAUAGCCGACGGAGCUGAUAGCUGACUGAGCUGAUGGCUGACAGAGCUGUAGUAGGAUGAGAUGAGAGAGGAUGGAACACACGGACAGCCCCGCCUCCCCCAGCAGCGACCCCAACGGGUUCGUCAAUAAAGUCUUCAACGUGUCUCUGGAUGUGCAGAAUGAGACCGGCACCGUAUCUAUCCAGGAGACUGGGAAGGAAGAGGGACAGGGAGAGGGUCAAGGAGAAGGUCCGGGGCCAGGCCAAACCCAGAGAGAGUGGCAGGAGGCUGGGGAUAGACAGGCAGAGCCCCAGGCACCCCCUCAGACCCCUGGAAAGGAGCGCCCGGAGGUCAACCGUAGAACAAGAGCGACUGGGGGCAUCUGGAAGAUCUUGACCCGGCGUAGAGUGGCCUCAGAGCUGGAUAACAGAAGACCUCACUCCAUGAUCCUCCCUGGAGAGGAGGCCUUCAUCCCUAAACUGUCCUUCGCUGACAAGGUCCGCUCCAUCAAGAAGCUCCGCUCUCCGGGUGUCUUCAAGGGGAGGGUGGGGAAGAUGUCUGGGUCCAACACUAAGUUCAGAGACGGAGAGACGGAGGACGACUCAUUCUGCCGGGACUUCCUCCCCUCGCCCGGCCUGCACCCCUGUAGGAGCACACUCCGCCACCGUGCAAAGAGGCAUUCGUAUGCCGGACACACCGCCGAGUUCGACUGCUCAUUUGAGGACAUUGAUCUGACAGCUACCCUGGACAGACACCAUCUUCACUCACUAGUGGAGCCUCUUACCCAGAACGGCUCUAAGCCCACAGAGAGAGUCCCCUACUCCAAGAGACCUCAGGUCCAGGCUCAGGCGCAGGCCAACCACUCCUCUAACUGUAACAAUACCUCAGCAGGAGUGUGUGAGGAGCAGAGUGUGAGGGGCAGCCCCAAGGUCCUGCUGGGUGGGAGGAGAUCUAAAAGAGCUGACGUGUGGAGUUACCUGAGGAGGAUCUCUGUCCUGGGCAAAGGGAACCCGGCCUACUCAGAGAGGAGUUUUGACUCAGAGCUCCACACACUGGAUAAGACCAUGGACUCUGACUACGGCUCGGUGGACUUCGAGAGUGUCAGGGACUUUCAACCAGCGGCUCCAAAGCACUCUGACAGCAAAGGCGGACAUUUUGGGGGUCUGAUUAAGUUCUUCAGCAACGUUGCGGAGACGGCUAGAAAAUGGCGGACGUCUUCGCGCUCCUUCUCUCCUCCAGAGGAGAGAGGGGAGCGGUCGCCGCUGGGCUCCCCCAGAGCAGGGCAGCAUCUGGGUGACUAUGUCCACAGUGUGUCCCUGACUCUCCGCAGUGAGGACCAUCCAGAGUGUCCCCCAACACCCAACUCACCCCUGACCCCUCAUCCCCCUCGCUCCCCUGCCUGUGACCCUGCCUCACCCUCUACUCUACUAGGCAGACGGUCUCCUCAGGUGAUGCUGAAGGCCUGGAGGGUGAGUCCGGACUCAUCAAGCGUUAACGGCGUGGUGUGUGUGAGCUCAUUGGAGACGGACAGACAGAUGGACCGACAGACAGAGAGACAUACGCGGCACACGUCUGUAGCCACAGUAGAGAAUCACGAGCCACACUCAAGGCUGGAGAGAGAGACUCAGAAAGAGAGAGAGACAGAGGUAGACAGAGACCACUUAGAAUGUCUGUCUACAGUGGAAGAGAGAGAAAGAGAGGGAGGAGAGGGACACUCAGGAAAUUACCUGGAUUCCAAGGAUGCUCUAACUGUCUCAGAGCAGACAUACCUUCCAAACGGCCAAUCAGAGUUACGGGAAGGAGAGAUCGUAGCCACUAAGGAGCCAGCAGGAAACUGCCACCAGGAAGUAUUUAAGGCCCUGUCUCGUCCCCCGGGGGCGUCACCUUUAGAGCCCCCCCUCAGAGUGUCUCUUCAGAGGUGUCACUCCCUCCCUCUCCCCCCCAGCACCCUCACCACUCUGGCCCUGUUCCUGGGAUACACAGACUCCCAGUCAUCCUCAGUGUGUCUUGAUGAUGGAGAGGCUGGAAGCUGCAGGAGGAGACUGCUCAGAACAGGCUCCUGUCCACUACAAGUCAACAUUUUGAUAAGUGGAGGAUCUAUCGUCAGCGCUGAGGCAGUAUGGGACCAUGUGACCAUGGCCGACCGAGAGUUGGCGUUUAAGGCCGGUGAUGUCAUCAAGGUGCUAGACGCGUCCAAUAAGGACUGGUGGUGGGGUCAGAUCGACGAGGAGGAGGGGUGGUUCCCCGCCAGCUUUGUACGGGUCGAACCCCACCCUCCUCAACCCCAAACAAAACAGCUUUUCUAUAUCAACCCCAUAGCAACUCCUCGGUUCCUAAACACUACGUCUAAGCUGUGGGUGAACCAGGAGGAUGGGGGGGUGGAGCCUGUGGAGGGGACCAGUGAAAUGGCUAACGGUCACCUGGAUCCGACCAACGACUGCCUGUGUCUGGGCUCGCCGCUUCAGAACCGUGACCAGAUGAGAGCCAACGUCAUCAAUGAGAUCAUGAGCACAGAGAGACACUACAUCAAACACCUCAAGGACAUCUGUGAGGGCUACCUGCGUCAGUGUAGGAAGAGGGUAGACAUGUUUAACGAUGACCAGCUGAGGGUGAUCUUUGGGAACAUCGAGGACAUCUACCGUUUCCAGAUGGGCUUCGUUAGAGACCUGGAGAAACAAUACAACAACGAGGAACCACACCUGUCUGAGAUAGGACCCUGCUUUCUAGAACAUCAAGACGGCUUCUGGAUCUACUCUGAGUACUGUAACAACCACCUGGAUGCGUGUAUGGAGCUGUCCAAGCUGAUGAGAGACGGGAGGUACCAGCACUUCUUCGAGGCCUGUCGUCUGCUUCAGCAGAUGAUCGACAUCGCUAUCGACGGCUUCCUCCUCACACCCGUACAGAAGAUCUGCAAAUACCCCCUGCAGCUGGCCGAGCUGCUCAAAUACACCGCACAGGAACACAGUGACUAUCGCUACGUGGCGGCGGCGCUGGCGGUGAUGCGUAACGUCACUCAGCAGAUCAAUGAGAGGAAGAGGAGGCUGGAGAACAUUGACAAGAUUGCCCAAUGGCAGGCCUCCGUCCUGGACUGGGAGGGUGAUGACAUCCUGGACCGGAGCUCAGAGUUGAUCUAUACAGGAGAAAUGUCUUGGAUCUACCAGCCCUAUGGACGCAGUCAGCAGCGGGUCUUCUUCCUCUUUGAUCACCAGCUGGUCCUCUGUAAGAAGGAUCUGAUUCGUAGGGACAUCCUGUACUAUAAGGGCCGUAUCGACAUGGACCGCUAUGACGUGCGGGACGCCAUCGACGGUCGCGAUGACGACUUUAACGUGAGCGUGAAGAAUGCGUUCAAAUUGCACAACAAAGACAGCGAGGAGCUCCACGUCUUCCUGUCCAAGAAACAGGAGGAGAAGAUACGAUGGCUCCGGGCUUUCCACGAGGAGAGGAAGAUGGUGCAGGAGGAUGAGAAAAUUGGGUUUGAGAUCUCGGAGUACCAGAAGCGUCAGGCAGCCCUGACNCUUGGUCUCAUGACUAAAUGUUGUGUGAACAGAUGCGUGCCCCCCUCCUACCCCCCUCCCCAGGACCCCCUACCCCUGGGACAGUAUGACCUAACAGAGAACUUGGCACAAGCAGAGGUUUUUGAAUUCAGUCAAUCCAAACGAGGCCAGGCUCCUUUCUGGCUCAACAAUUUUACUAGAUUAGCACCUUUUAAGAAAUAGAGAAACAGACUCUUUCCAAGGACCAUCUAUUUUUUCUGAGAAACACUCAAACUAAAAAGUUUGGAGGAUUACAUCAUCGUCAUCCCAUGAAGAAGAAUUGACGACGAAAAAAGAACCACUGAAGGAAGGACCAGUGAAUUUUCAUUGUGAGUUGUCACCCAGGAGACUGGAGAACUAUGGAUUCUAACUUCUUCACUUCAUUCUAACUGUUCUUGGUUCCAAUGCUUCUCUCCUCCAGUAGACACCACUGUUCCCUACUGAACUGUACUGUACAGGAAUCCACUUCUACAACCCUCAACCCCACCAUCGCCAUCUGAAUGUCCUGGAUUCAUGGAGAUAGCUUUUAUUUUGUUCUUUUCAGGCUCUGGGGUUUUUCCAUAUUUGAAGUAAGCAUAUUUAAUGUUCCUUUACCAGAACUAGUGAGUCCACCUACCUGCAGUACAGUAUGAUUGUGUAGAUGACAGGUGUUGUGUUGAUGUGUGUGUCUGUGAGGACUAUGUUGUUGUGAUUGUGGCCUGAGGUGCACUGUAACAAUGAGGCUGAGGUGGCAUCCUAUUCCCUACAUAGUGGGGAAGGGUACCACUUUGACUGACAGGAGAGCCGUUGGCUGGUUCUGAUGUUUCUCAGAAGUUCUGUUGUCAGCAUCACCUGUCCCAUCAAAGACUGGUCAGACCAUCUUUCUCUCUCUCUGUCUCUCUCUCUCUCUUUUCUCUAUCCCUCUGUCUAUCUUUCUGUCUAUCUUUCUGAAAUAAACAAUACAAACUUAACAGUAAACAAUACACUCGCAAAAGGAAUAGAGACAUUUCAUAUGUCAUAUUAUGGCUAUAUACAGUGUUGUAAUGAUGUGCAAAUAGUCUAUCGCUCUUCUCUAUACCCUGUAUCUCUCUCUCUCUCUCUCUCUCUCUCUCUCAUUCUCUCUCUCUCUGUCUUUCUCCCUCCCUCCCCUCUAUCCCUGUCUAUCUCUCUCUUUGCUCUCUGCUUCUCUCUCUCUGUUCCCUCCCCUCUCUCUGUUCCCUCCCCUCUCUCUGUUCCCUCCCUCUCUCUCUGUUCCCUCCCUCUCUCUCUGUUCCCUCCCUCUCUCUCUGUUCCCUCCCUCUCUCUCUGUUCCCUCGUUCUCUCUCUGUGCCGUCUCUCUCUGUUCCCUCUCUUCUUUUUGACUAUGUUUUUGUUAUAUGAGGCUCAUCUAGUUGGAUGUCUGCCAUUAUCCAUGAUGUUACGGCAGGUCAGGGAAGUAAUCAAUAGCCGUAACAUCAAUACAACAUUUACAUUUUCUACUACGCACCAAACACUGUUGACAGGGUAAAAUCAUCGCGUUCAACCACAGAGGCUGAGUGUUGGGUCACAAAGUGUUUCCUUUGAACCAGUUAAAACAGACAGAACAGAUGACGCAGCACUGAGUAUUGAGCUGUAGACAGGUAGAAUGUCUGUCUGUCUCACCUGUCUGUCUGAGUACUGAGCUGUAGACAGGUAGAAUGUCUGUCUGUCUGUCUCACCUGUCUGUCUGAUUGGACCAACACCUGUCAUCUGAUUCCUUUACUGAAAUGACAAAAAUCACAAAAGUAUAUGCCAGAUUCAACAUGUCUUUCAUUUGGUUCAGCUGUAAAGUAAUUAACAUCAACAUUUUUUUUAAUAGCUUUGUUUAAUCUCCAUAUGUUGAGAAAAGCACAGCCAACCAUUUCCGUUGUUUUAGACACAACUAAGAAUAAUGCACUAACAGGGAGGGCAUCAAACUGCAGUCAGUUUUCAGGUCAAGUUCUGAAGGGUUUUUCAGGGGGAGACUGUUGUACACUAGAGAGAAACAACCACUAGAUGUCUAUGUUUUGUUCUUUCAAAGUUAGAAUUUUAAGUGCAUAAAAUCUCUCAUAUUAAUUAUUUUCCAAAAGAAAGUGUAAGCCAUGUUCAUACUUAGUAACAAAUACAGAAACACAUUUUAUAUCAGAUGAUACCAGUUGAUGGAAAUAAACUACAGUAUGCCAACUUGUGCAAUGUGAUAUAUCGUUGUAUCUCCAAUACUCACAACAAUGUGAAAUAAAACAAUUAUUAGAGUUAUAUUAUAUUAUAGUUUUAUGUCAUUUUGUUUGCCUUAUAGGCCCUAUAUGAAUUAAUUAUUGAAAAAAUUGUGUGUAAUUUAUGUUUUUAUUUCGGUAAAAAAAAGUUAAUAAAAGGAUGAUUUGAUUUCUGGUAUCUCUAGAAAGUGUUCCUAGAAUAAUUGCUUUAGAUCAGUGGUGGUCAAGCCUCCUCCUGGAGAGAUACCCUCCUCCUGGAGAGAUACCCUCCUCCUGGAGAGAUACCCUCCUCCUGGAGAGAUUCCCUCCUCCUGGAGAGAUACCCUCCUCCUGGAGAGAUACCUUCCUCCUGGAGAGAUACCCUCCUCCUGGAGAGAUUCCCUCCUUCUGGAGAGAUACCUUCUUCCUGGAGAGAUCCCUCCUGGAGAGAUACCCUCCUCCUGAAGAGAUCCCUCCUGGAGAGAUACCUUCCUUCUGGAGAGAUUCCUUCCUCCUGGAGAGAUCCCUCCUGGAGAGAUACCUUCCAUCUGGAGAGAAUCCCUCCUGGAGAGAUACCUUCCUUCUGGAGAGAUUCCUUCCUCCUGGAGAGAUCCCUCCUGGAGAGAUUCCUUCCUUCUGGAGAGAUACACUCCUCCUGGAGAGAUUCCCUCCUCCUGGAGAGAUACCUUCCUCCUGGAGAGAUACCUUCCAUCUGGAGAGAUACCCUCCUGGAGAGAUUCCUUCUUCCUGGAGAGAUCCCUCCUGGAGAGAUUCCCUCCUCCUGGAGAGAUUCCCUCCUCCUGGAGAGAUACCUUCCUUCUGGAGAGAUUCCAUCCUCCUGGAGAUACCCUCCUGCAGGAUUUUAUUCCAACCCUGCUCCUACACACCAGACUACUAACCAGCUGGUCCCCAAGACCUUGAUUAUCUUGAAUCAGGUGUGUUAGAGUAGGGCUGGAACAAAAUCCUGCAGGAGGCUAAAUCUCUCCAGGAGUUAGGUUGGUCACCCCCUGCAGUAGGUUUUACUACUUUACUAGCCAGGUUGCCAGAUUGGUUUGUACUUCAUCUGCUAUUAUAACACAGAGGAGUUAGCUGAAGCAGAACAGAUAUGGCAACGUGGCUUUAGAAAAGCCAAGAAUGCAUCGUACUAGUAAAUGUUGGGUAAGAUAUCUUCACAUAGCCCCGAGCCAUGUUCCACUGUAGAAGCAGAAACAGUGACAGACAUCUAACUGUGCCCUAACAAAGAUGCUUUCGAAUGAUGCAUCCCAAAUGGCACCCUAUACCCUAUAGAGUGCACUACUUUUGACCAGUCCCCAUAGGGCUCUGUUCAAAACUAGGGAAUAGGUUUGCCGUUUGGGACAUAGCCUAACUGUGCCCUACCAAAAUUGCUAUCUAACAGAGAUGCCCUAACAGAGAUGCUAUCUAACAGAGAUGGCCUAACAGAGAUGCUAUCUAACAGAGAUGCUAUCUAACAGAGAUGCUAUCUAACAGAGAUGCUAUCUAACAGAGAUGCCCUAACAGAGAUGCUAUCUAACAGAGAUGGCCUAACAGAGAUGCUAUCUAACAGAGAUGCUAUCUAACAGAGAUGGCCUAACAGAGAUGCUAUCUAACAGAGAUGCUAUCUAACAGAGAUGCCCUAACAGAGAUGCCCUAACAGAGAUGCUAUCUAACAGAGAUGCUAUCUAACAGAGAUGCUAUCUAACAGAGAUGCUAUCUAACAGAGAUGCUAUCUAACAGAGAUGGCCUAACAGAGAUGGCCUAACAGAGAUGCCAUCUAACAGAGAUGCUUUCUAAAAGAGAUGCCCUAACAGAAAUGCUAUCUGACAGUGAUGCUAUCUAACAGAGAUGCUAUCUAACAGAGAUGCAAUCUAACAGAGAUGGCCUAACAGAGAUGCCAUCUAACAGAGAUGCUAUCUAACAGAGAUGCUUUCUAACAGAGAUGCCCUAACAGAAAUGCUAUCUGACAGUGAUGCUAUCUAACAGAGAUACUAUCUAACAGAGAUGCUAUCUAACAGAGAUGCCCUAACAGAGAUGUUAUCUAACAGAGAUGCUAUCUAACAGAGAUGCUAUCUGACAGAAAUGCUAUCUAACAGAGAUGCCCUAACAGAAAUGCUAUCUAACAGAGAUGCCCUAACAUAUAUUCUAUCUAGCAGAGAUGCCCUAACAGAGAUGCUAUCUAACAGUAAUGCUAUCUAACAGAGAUGUUAUCUAACAGAGAUGUUAUCUAACAGAGAUGCUAUCUAACAGAGAUGUCCUAACAGUGAUACUAUCUAACAGCGAUGCUAUCUAACAGUGAUGCUAUCUAACAGAGAUGCUAUCUGACAGUGAUGCUAUCUAACAGUGAUGCCCUAACAGAGAUGCUAUCUAACAGAGAUGCCCUAACCAGAGAUGCCCUAACAAAGAUGUUAUCUAACAGAGAUGCCCUAACAGAAAUGCUAUCAAACAGAGAUGCUAUCUAACAUAGAUGCUAUCUAACAGAGAUGCCCUAACAGAGAUGCUAUCUAACAGAGAUGCCCUAACAGAAAUGCUAUCUAACAGAGAUGCCCUAACAGAGAUGCUAUCUACGAGAAAUGCUAUCUACGAGAUAUGCUAUCUAACAGAGAUUAUAUCUAACAGAGAUGCCCUAACAUAGAUUCUAUCUAGCAGAGAUGCCCUAACAGAGAUGCUAUCUAACAGUGAUGCUAUCUUACUGAGAUGAUAUCUAACUGAGAUGGUAUCUAACAGAGAUGCCCUAACAGAGAUGCCCUAACAGAGAUGCCCUAACAGAGAUGCUAUCUAACAGAGAUGCUAUCUAACAGAGAUGCUAUCUAACAUAGAUGAUAUCUAACAGAGAUGAUAUCUAACAGAGAUGCCCUAACAGAGAUGCUAUCUAACAGAGAUGCUAUAUCUAACAGAGAUGCUAUCUAACAGAGAUGCCCUAACAGUGUCUCCAGUGUUCCACUAGUCUCAUGCAGCAGCGAUGAAUCAGGCAUGUAUUCUCUUUCCCCCUCCAGUGUAUGACUUCUCAUCUCUCUGGGCCCAUCCCAAAUGGCACCCAAUUCCCUAUAGUGCUCUGGUCAAAAGUAGCGCAUUAUAUAGGGAUUAGGAUACCAUUGGGGAUGCAGCCUCUGUGCCUGUGAGUGGGGAUUCCCAGUGUUAGAGAAACCGGCAAGACAGAAACAUGACAGAAACAUGACGGGCAGUAGCCUGGGAGCCAAACUGAAUAUUGCUCUGAUUAUCACUCUGAAUAUCACUCUAAAUAUCACUCUGAAUAUCACUCUGAAUAUCACUGAAAAUCAUGCUAAAUAUCACUCUAAAUAUCACUCUGAAUAUCACUCUAAAUAUCACUCUAAAUAUCACUCCGAAUAUCACUAAAUAUCACUCUGAAUAUCACUCUAAAUAUAACUCUGAAUAUCACUCUGGAUAUCACUCUAAAUAUCACUCUGAAUAUCGCGUUGAAUAUCAUUCUGAAUAUCACUCUGAAUAUCACUCUGAAUAUCACUCUGAAUAUCACUAAAUAUCACUCUGAAUAUCCCUAUAAAUAUCACUCUGAAUAUCACUCUGAAUAUCACUCUGAAUAUCACUAAAUACCACUCUGAAUAUCACUCUGAAUAUCACUGAAUAUCGCUGAAUAUCACUCUAAAUAUCACUCUGAAUGUUACUCUGAAUAUCACUCUGAAUAUCACUAUAAAUAUCACUGAAUAUCACUCUGAAUAUCACUCUGAAUAUCAUUGAAUAUCACUCUAAAUAUCACUGUGAAUAUCGCUCUGAAUAUCCCUCUAAAUAUCACUCUGAAUAUCACUGAAUAUCACUGAAUAUCACUCUGAAUAUCCCUCUAAAUAUCACUUUGAAUAUCACUGAAUAUCACUGAAUAUCAUUCUGAAUAUCCCUCUAAAUAUCACUGUGAAAAUUGCUCUGAAUAUCACUCUGAAUAUCCCUCUAAAUAUCACUCUGAAUAUCACUGAAUAUCACUGAAUAUCAUUCUGAAUAUCCCUCUAAAUAUCACUGUGAAAAUUGCUCUGAAUAUCCCUCUGAAUAUCACUCUAAAUAUCACUGUGAAUAUCACUGUGAAUAUCACUGUGAAUAUCACUGUGAAUUUCCCUGUGAAUUUCCCUGUGAAUAUCACUGUGAAUAUCACUGUGAAUAUCACUGUGAAUUUCCCUGUGAAUUUCCCUGUGAAUAUCACUGUGAAUAUCACUGUGAAUAUCACUGUGAAUAUCACUGUGAAAAUCAUAGGGAAACAGAGAUAUAUCCAAUGUGUAUUCCAGGCUGUUAUUGUAGUACCACACCAUUGCACUGGGGAUGUGGAUCUGUUGAAUGUGGGGGACAUUUCACUGUUAUUGUCUGACAAACUCUAAGAUUAUUUACAUAACAUUUGGAUGGAAUCAUUUCAUUUAGAUUUUAAUCAGUUGUCCUAUUGAUCUCCUGCGUGUGUUAAUUAAUGAAAGACGUAGAGGGUUUGACAGAAGGACAUAAUGGUGGGAGAUGACUGUCUAGUUUGUCAGCAUUUGGUUUAUUUACAUUUAUUUUUAUUUUCCAAUUCAACGUCCCCAGUUUUGAGAAGCUAGCUGACAUAAAAUGGUGAGGAAACAGACAGAACAGUCAUAUUACCUGUGACUAGCAGCUAGCUACAUGUGCAUACUGUGUAAACAACAGAUCAUAUAUUAUAUUACAAUAUUGGUAUUUUGCGUUGGAGACAGCCAACAGUGUUGUUUCAGUUCAAUGUUUGCAUCUCAAAUGGCACCCUAUUCCCUAUAUAGUGCCCUACUUUGACCAGUGCUCCAUGGGUCCUGUUUAAAAGUAGGGCACUAUAAAGGGAAUAGGGUGCCAUUUGAGAUUCAGUUCUAUCCUCAGUACCAGAGACCCAGUUCUAUCCUCAGUACCAGAGACCCAGUUCUCUCCUCAGUACCAGAGACCCAGUUCUAUCCUCAGUACCAGAGACCCAGUUCUCUCCUCAGUACCAGAGACCCAGUUCUCUCCUCAGUACCAGAGACCCAGUUCUCUCCUCAGUACCAGAGACCCAGUUCUCUCCUCAGUACCAGAGACCCAGUUCUCUCCUCAGUACCAGAGACCCAGUUCUCUCCUCAGUACCAGAGACCCAGUUCUAUCCUCAGUACCAGAGACCCAGUUCUCUCCUCAGUACCAGAGACCCAGUUCUCUCCUCAGUACCAGAGACCCAGUUUUCUCCUCAGUACCAGGUAGAUGCAUGAUGUUUUAUGGCAUCCAGAGUUCUGCAUGACACAUGAGAUUAACUCUUUGAAGAUUUGGUUUUCUCUUUUAAUAACAACCAACCUGCUUGCCAUUAUUUUACAACCCUUCCACUGUUUCAUUCCAUGUAAUGAUAUGAUGUUUUCUCUAGGCCAUUAGAUACUGUUUCCCUCUCUCAAGGGAUUAUAUUUAUUCAUGACAGACAACAGUAGAGAAUAUGAAUCCACUGACAUGCCAUAAUAAUAUUAUUACAACAUUGAAUUGUGGUUUGCUAUUAAUCAAUAAUUAAUUAAUUGAUUAGUGGUUAACACUAUUAGCAUAACACUGCUGUAGUUGAUACUUUGAUAAAUAUUUGUGUAAUUUGAUCAGUUAGUUCUCUGCCAUGCACUGACUACUGAUAGAAUAUUCUACCACUCCUGCAGAACAGAUUCAAGGUAAAACGGGUGAUUUUCUUCCUAUGGCAACAGCACACCAAAUAGUAGAUCUAUCUACUGUAUAUGGUGUUAGCAUGUAUUUAUGCUGAACCAAUAAGAAACCUGGUAGAAGGAGCUAUAUGUAACCAUCAUGGUGGAUAUAUUCAUGGCAGCAGCUCUACUCAACACAGUCAUGGAUUCUUUAAGGUGCAUUUAGGAGACACACUAUUUAUUUACCUCCCAAUAAUAGCACAAAUAUUUAUGAAAUGUAAUAUGGUAUAUUAUGUUGAUAUUAACAUGAUAUGUUUGUUGUUGGUUUAGACGUGGACAGUAUAAGGAUCUGUUGUUGGCCGGGUGAGUCUAUAUUUAGGGCUGAAAGGAAGUAGAAAUCUAGACAUUAGACAUACGAUGCACUGGUCCCAAAUGGCAUCCUAUUCUCUAUAUAGUCCCUAUAGGCCCUGAUCAAAAGGAGUGCACUAUACAGGGAAUAGGGUGCCAUUGGGACGUACACACAGUCAUCAUUACAAAUCCUUGUUGCUUUUCUCUAGUUGGUUAUACAGUAGUAUGUGGUAUCAGAACAGCCAGGGUACUAAUGUAUGGACACUGAAACAGAUAACAAGACAAGUAACAAGUUUAGUUGGAGCUACUAGGCUAUUCACUGUACAUUCACAUUGCCAUCUAGAAUGGGGAGGGGGUUUGGACUCUGGUAUGACUUCCAUUUUAUCUGUCAGUCUGAAAGGUCAUCACCAUGUUUGUACAGUACAAAUAGCAGGAACAUAUAUUUUCUCUUUGGCCUUCGAUUAUGUUUGUUUUGAUAUGUUGUAGAAAUGGGAAAAACCAACUCUGAAACUAAGUAAUGCCUAUUCAAAUGCUGAAACUGUGAAUGUGGAGCGUCGAGAAGUCUAUAUAUUUUGAUGUAAUCAAAGAGCACUGGGAAUUAUUACGUUGUAUUUCACUGUAAAAACUGAACCACAUCUGAUAUAACUGUACUUUAGUUGAAAUUAAAACCUCUAUAUACUGAA